UGCGCGCAUCAUGUUGAUCUAUUAAGGCACAUCGGGGGCGCGCACGCACGUACGCUAGUGUGUCGGAAAGAACCAGGGCGAGAAAGAGACCCAGAAGGAGGAGGAGCAGGAGGUCUGGGGCGCCAUGGCGACCAACAUAGAACAGAUCUUCCGUUCAUUCGUGGUCAAUAAAUUCAAGGAGAUCCAGGAGGAAAAGCUGAACAGUGAGACUUCUGAAACCUCCAAAAACGGUGAAUUAACAGCACAGAUGUCCGGAAACCCCUCUGAAGAGACCAUCGCAGAUGUCCAAGACAAAGAGCAAAUGCAGCCAGAGUCUACGCAACUAGAGCAAACACAGAGUUUAGACUUGGAAGAGGAAUCUGCAGCAAAGGAGUUAAAAAGUGGUGAAGUUAGUUCUUCUGAUGAAGUAAAGAAAGAUGCAUCACGAAAAAAGUCCAAAAAGCAUAAAAAGCACAAAAGCAAGAAGAAAAAGAAGAAAAAGAAAAAAGAGAAAAGUGAGAAACGGUCAAAAUCUGUUUCAAGUGUUGAGGACCAAGAGAGUGUUUCAGAACACAAAGCCGUAUGGAAACCUGCAUUUGGAACACCUCCAAAAGAAGACAGUAGAGUAGAUGAUUCAAAAGCAGGAAAUACCGCUAAGGAAAAUAUUGAAAUUGGUGUAAAUUCUUGUGGAUUUGUACAAGAAGAAAAUUUGGCUUCUGACCAGAUAACUCAAACUGUUGAAAAGGACACUUACAUUGAUUCAGAAUUUUUUGGUCCUAAAUGCCCUAAUGAAAUUAAAGGAAUUAUUUCUAAAAAAGACUCACCCCUUAAGGAAGGGGUGAGUAAAGAACUCUUUGAAGGAUCAACCACGCAUAAAUCCAGUGAAAAUAGCAAAACUCUCAAACAGAAUGAAGUCACUGAUACAAUGGAUAGCACAGUCAAUGCACACUCAAAAGAAAAACAUAUUUUACCAUCAUCUAAUUCUGGAAAUGAAUUGCAAUUGGAACAAGAAAACAUAGCUGUUUCACAAACCAAAAGUGUUGAUUUAAAUAAUAAAAAAUUGGACAGUAUAGACAGUGCUCCAACAGCUUCCCUACCCCCCAAUAAUACUGUUCUACACUGUUCUGAGAAGAAUAAACUUAAAUGUCAGUCAAGAUCUAGAUCAACUAGCAUAAGCAAACUGAGAUCAGAAGAAACAUGUUCAAGUUCUAAAUCUGUAACAAAAAAGGACAAGUCUAGAUCUAAGCCUAUUGUUAAAGCCCCUCCCAAAAAUAACAUUGGCUCCAGUUCUCCUGGUAUAGGACGCCGGUCAAGGUCCAGUUCUUUGGGCAGGAGGCAAAAGUCUCGCUCAAGCUCUGUAGGAAAAAGGAAAUACUCUCAUUCCAACUCUCCAGUGCAGAGAAGAAAAUCACGCUCAAAUACUCCUUGUCGGUCUAAAUCCCCAAUACGCAAAUGGUGGUCAAAGUCAAUAACCAAAAGAGAGAGGACAGUGUCCAUUUCACCUGUAAGACGUCGCAGGUCAAGAACUAGAUCUGUUGCCGGGAGACAUAGGUCAAGAACUAGAUCAGCUGCAAGGAAACAUCGUUCAAGAACGAGAUCAGUAGCAAGGAGGCAUAGAUCAAAAACAAGAUCAGUUGCAAGGAGACACAAUUCUGGGUCCAGAUCUACAAGCAGCAGAAGAAAGUCUAGGUCCAGAUCAGCAAGCAGGAGAAGACCACGAUCUCAAUCAGGUAGCAGGAGGCGGAAGUCAAGGUCUUUGUCAGUUUCCAGGAGAAAGAGAUCACAGUCUAGGUCAGUUGCCAGAAGAGGGAAGUCUCGGUCAAGGUCUCUUACAAGAAGGAGGAGGUCCAGGUCUGGAUCAGCAGCCAGAAGGAGGAGGAGGUUACGAUCUGCAUCAGAUUCCAGGAGGCAGAGGUCAAGGUCUGGGUCAACUUCCAGAAGGCCGAGAUCUAGGUCUGGAUCUGCUGGCAGGAGACGGCGAUCAAGGUCUAACUCUGCUGUCAGGAGAAGGAGGUCUAGGUCUGGAUCUGCUGGCAGGAGACGCCGAGCAAGGUCUGGCUCUGUCAGGAGAAGGAGGUCGAGGUCUGAAUCAGCUGGCAGAAGGCGGCGGUCAAGGUCUGGCUCGACCAGAAGGAGGCGGCGGUCGAGGUCAGGCUCGGCCGGUAGGAGGCGGCGGUCGAGGUCUGGCUCUGCCGCCAGGAGGCGCCGGUCAAGGUCUGGCUCUGCCGCCAGGAGGCGCCGGUCAAGGUCUGGCUCUGCCACCAGGAGGCGCCGGUCGAGGUCUGGCUCUGCUGCCAGGAGGCAGAGGACAGGAUCUAGGUCAACUGCCAGAAGAAGAAAGUCAAGAUCUUGCUCAGCUAAGUCUAGGUCUGGGUCGAAAAAAAGAUCAACAUCUAGAUCAGUUGCUAAGAGAAACCGAUCAAGAUCUGCGUCACUUUCCAGGAGACGGAGAGCAAGGUCUGAGUCCAUAACUAAAAAGCAGAGGUCAACGUCUAGGUCAGAUUCCAAGAGAGAAAGAUCUAGGUCAGGAUCAGCUGCCAAGAGGCAACAAUCAAGAAAUGCAUCAGCUGCAGAGAAGAAAAAAAUAGAAUCUAGUACAGCUGCUGAGAGGAGUAUGUCUCGGUCUAGAUCAUCUUCUCAAAGACGGAGAUCACAAUCUGCAGCAGGAAGCAGAAGGUCCAGAUCCACAUCUGAUGCGAGGAAACGAAAGUCAAGAUCCAGAUCAUCUAAAAAAUCCUAUGAGCAUUCACCAGAUCAUAAAGUAGAUAAUUUGGAACUAAAAAUGAAAUCCUCAGGAUCAGAUGAUAACUCAAAAGUCAGUAAGGAACAAACAGAGUCUUUAAACUCAAUAAUUUGCCUCAAAAAUAUUACAGAUGAGCAAACCGUCCUAGGGAAGUCUGCCUCUUUAACUGAAUGUUCUGAUAAGGAUCCGCUCUCCUGGGCAGAAAUAGCUACAGAACCUCUCAAACACAGUACAGACUCAGAUCAUCAAAUUAUCAAUUCUGAUUUGUUUGACAGCAGUGCCACUAGAAGACCAGACCCUCCUAGUGAAAGUAUCUGUGAUGCCAAUGAUGAAUCAAACCAGAUGGAAGUUGCUAUGGAACUGGACAGCUGCCAUUCCGAUUCAGAUAAAUUUAGCACAACAGAGGAGGAAUGUGUUUUAUCAGAUGUUUUUAACAAAGUUCCCGAUGACUUUUGUUCAUUAAAAACUUUUGAGCCUUAUACAACUUCAGAUAUUGUUACACAGUGUUUUUCUGAACAAGAGCCUAAUGCUUCUCAAAGCAAAGUUACAGUGUUCAACUCGUAUUUAAGUGUUGAUGAAUCUGUCAAUUUGUGUCCAAAAUCUGAAGACAAACCGUUUGAUUUAGAAACGACGAACAAGCAGCAGUGCACUACCACUUCUUUUACUGUGGAAGAACUGACUCAGUACAAUACUAUGCCAAAUGCUUUACCCGAGUUUUUGCAGACACCCGAAUCUCGAACAUGUUCAGAGACAAAAAUCAAUAAUUCAAGAGCCACAGAUAUGCCAGAUUCCGCUGUGUCAGAUAGACCGGAAAAUAUGAAUUUACAUUUGUUCAAAGACCAAACUUCUGUAGGCUCUUUACAGAUAAAUCAAUCUAAAACAGUGUCGGGCACAGAUGUUUGUUUGCUUGGUGAUAAGAAAAGUCCUGUGGUUAUACCUGCACCAGAAAAUUCUGCUGAAGUUGUUGCCAUUCAGUCUGUCAGUGACACACUGUUCACAGACCAUAGUCACCCUGGUAUUUCAGCUCAAACCAGACUAAAUGCUAAUGCUUUGUCGAAGGAAAAACUAUAUGAUCAGAAAGAGGACUCUUUUUAUGACCUUGAAUUUUCUAAUCGUAAUGCAGCUGUAAUGCAAAACAGUCCUAAAAGCUUUCAGACAGAUGUGUCAUCUGAGCAGCACUUUCAGGAAGGGACAUUAUGUUCUGCUGUUGACGUUUGCACCAGUGGCAUGGAUCAAAAUUUUGAAACUGAAACGUUAUCUAAAAAACAACUGAUGGAAUCUAGUAAAACAUCAAAGCUUUCAAAAGACCAGAAGCUUACAGUUGACAAUGAGGAUAUACAGUCUGUUAAAAAGUUAAUUUUGCAACAUACACCAAAUUUAGAAAGCGCAAAAAACAUAACUCAUUCUAUUGACAAGUUUCCUACAGUUGAGAAACCAAUUUGCAAAGGCUCUCUGUCUUCUUACCAUCUUGUUGAAAACUUAUCAACAGUCAACACUGCGCAGAGAGGAUUUCAGUUGCAUGGUAGUAUACACAUAAAACCUGAUCGAUCUAAAGCACAAACCAAACCGUUAUCACAUGGCUUUCCUGAAAUGUUUGAACAGUCCAAAAACACUCAUGAUCUUGAAAUCAUUAAAAGUAAUGCUGCUGAUUGUACUGAUCUCCAGGACACUACCCAAAGUGGCAGAUUUAAGGACAGCCGUACUGAUUUUGAACUGACUGUGUUAUCUGAAUUGCCAUCUGCUGUGUCCAAAGGGCAUCCUUUACAGAUAAACUCCGAACUUAAAGGAAAGGAAGAUUCUGUACAAAAUAUUGGAGAAUACAAAAAUGAAAUGAAAUCGCCCAUUCGGCAAGUUAAUAUAGUUAAUCCAAACAUAAAUUCUCUGCCUUCAUACUUGCCAUCUAUGGAGACUGAGUUAGCAAGUUCAAAAGAAAAAAACGUCUGCCCUGAAAUAAGGAAACCUGAAACAGAUAUACUGGUUAAUCCUCUUGUUCCUGACGUUGUUCAGCAGUUUCCUCAGAAUCAAGAUGAUGGUUUCUGUUUUUUAACAAAAGUGGAACAUAAUUCUAUUAAAAAUAUCAUUUAUGAACAUUCAUCUGCUGAGAGUCGCACAGUUAAACAAAAACUUGUCCAAGAGGGUACAAAGAAACAUUCAUACAUUGCCUCUGGAGAAGAGCUUCCUAUUUCGGAGUCUGCUAAAGAAAUAUCAACCGUUACACCUGAGAAAUUUUCAGAGUGCAGUCAACUAAAACCUUGUAGAGUAGAUAACUUUAUAGAGCCAACAGAUGAGCAAACUACAACGGCUACUAUAGACAAACAAGACUUCUCAAAUGUUGAGUCAGUAAAAGAACAUCUGUCAGAUAAAUCAAGUUCUACUGGCACACAUAAUGUUAAAGAAAGCUACUCUAAUACAAUCUCUCUGGAUAGUUCUACUCCUACCUCAGAUUUUAAAAAUUCUGUCUCUGCAGUCACUGAUAUAACCAGGGGGAGUAGUCAAAAUACGUUAAAGACUGGUUUACCUGAUGUUUGUUCUUAUUCUUGGCAAAGUAAUUCAAAACAGAAGUGCAGUGAUGAUCAAAAGAUCUUGGAAUCAAAUUUGACAAGAGUAAGUCGUUCGGGUGCAAAUAGUAAUCAUCUGGAAAUAAACAGCUCAAAGUCAAAUCAGUCCAAUAAAUAUGAAGAUCCUGCUUCAAAUUCUGAAGUCACUCAUUCACAGUCAAACUCACAAGCACCUACUGGUCAAGUUCAAUCUGAUGAAAUUAUUGCACAAAGGUAUAUAUCCUCAGUACCACUGAACUUUAAAUUUAGCAGGACCUUUAAGCCUUUAAGCAUAUCUGCUCUUCAUGAUAAUGCUCAUACAAGCAAUUCUAUUGUAAGUCAGAAUUCUAAACAAAAUCUUUUAACUGACUCAGAAACAUUGCUUUCAAGUAAAUCUUCAACUCUAGAGCCAUCAAAGACAAUUAUCCUUCCCCCAGAGUCGAAUGCCUUGUCUGUCCCAGAGCCAGCAGAGUCUUGCGACUUGUCUCUGCAUCAUCAGCCUGAGUCUAGUGGACAGUCGGUCUCUGUUUCAUGUACUGAGGUAGAACCUUGUCAAAUGGAUGCCAUAGCAGACCCUUCCUUUUCAACAGUCAAGCCUGCUUUCCCACAUCUUUCAAAUCCUUUAACAAAGGGUGUCAAGCAAAGGCAGUAUCGUUCAAGGUCUAUGGCCCAAGAUAGCAGGUCACCAUCUGUGGAUCACAACAAAUCACCUUCCAAAUCUGGUUCCAGGAAAAGGAGGUCACAUUCCAAAUCACGAAAAAGACGCUCUCGUUCAAAAUCUUUGAAGGGUAAACAUAGCAGCUCCAGUCAAGGCAGAAAAAGACGAUCUCGGUCUAAAACCAGAAAAAGGCAAUCCCCUUCAAAGCCAUCCUCCAAAAGGAGACGCUCUCGUUCCAAAUCAGUUAGACAGCAGUCUAGGUCACAAUCACGUGACAAGAGCAGGCGUUCCCGGUCAAAAUCAACAGGUCGCCGAAAGCAAUUGAGCUCCAAAUCACCGACCAGGAAAAAACGCUCUCAUUCUAGAUCAGAUACUAGAAGGAGGCGUUCAAGAAAGACCUCUCGUUCUAAGUCACCAGUUUGGAGAAAUCGCUCCCAUUCUAAAUCUGUGUCAAAAAGUCCCUCAAAAUCUGCAUCACAGAGACGUCAUUCAAAAUCAAAACUACCAAAGAGCUAUUCAUAUUCAAGUUCUAGGUCUGCAUCUCCUGUUAAACAUUCUAGAAGAAGAAAUUCUUCAUCAAAGUCACCAACUACAAGGCGUAGCAGCCGUUCAAGAUCACGUGGACGCUGGGGCAAUUCCAGGUCCAGCAGAAGAGGUCGAAGUUCUCGGUCUGCCUCGAGAAGGAAUCGCUCUCGUUCAGGGUCUCAGCGGUCACGCUCCCUUUCGGACAAGAAUCACAGAGGGUCCAGAUCACCAAUACAUAAAAGACAUUCACGUUCACAGACCAAACUGGAUAAAUCUCCUUUAAGGAAACCACCAUCAAAAUCUACAUCACCACCACCACCUAAAAAAACUACACAGUUAAAAUCUACAGCGUUCAAGCAUAGCAUUGGUUUAAAGUCCCUUAUUCAAAAACAGCUUUCUCAAGCAAAAUUACAGAGCUCCAACAGUAAGUUAUCUUCUAAGGAGCAGUUGCCAGCUGCAAGUCUAGCUACAACAACACCGUUGCCAGCAUCUAGUCUUCCUGCUAAAACUCAGGUACUUGUGCCUAACAUACAAUCUAAAACAAGGUUGCCUGAAACAAACAUGAAUGCUAAAGUAUGGCCACCUCUUUCCAACCAGCCACAAAAAACUCAGUUGCCGCUGCCCAGCAAGGAUACAAGAACACUACUGCCUGUUCUGAACACAAAUGCAAGAGCACAGCAGCACAUAACUGACCUCGCUACAGAAACGCAGUGGCCUGUUGCAGAUCUAACCACUGGAGCACAGUGGCCCAUGCCUGAUAUGGCAACAGGAGGGCAUUGGGCCCUAUCUGAUAUGACAGCUGCAGGACACUGGACCAUGCCAGACAUGACAUCUGCAGGCCAAUGGGCUAUGCCUGAUAUGUCAUCAGGAUCACAGUGGCCAUUGAGCGAUAUGACUUCUAGCCCACAUUGGCCUCUGUCUGACAUGUCCACUGCAACACAGUGGCCUGUAUCUGAUCUUUCCUCUGGAACACAGUGGCCUGCAUCAAACCUUUCUUCUGGCGCACAUUGGCCUGUGUCUGAUUUGGCAACAGGAGCUCAGUGGCACAUGCCAGACUUAGGUGUUGGAACACAGUGGCAUAUGCCGGACUUAACUGCUGGGAUGUCAAUGCCUGAAUUGACAGCAAGCACUGCAAUGCCUGACUUGGCUCCAACUAUCCAGAUGCCCGAUUUGCCCCCAGGUAUCUCAGUGACUGACUUGGCCCCUCCUCCAGCACCCAUGCCAGACUUGGCCCCUCCUCCAGCACCCAUGCCAGACGUGGCCCCUCCUCCAGCACCCAUGCCAGACGUGGCCCCUCCUCCAGCACCCAUGCCAGACUUGGCCCCUCCUCCAGCACCCAUGCCAGACGUGGCCCCUCCUCCAGCCCCACUGCCAGACUUGGCCCCUCCUCCAGCCCCACUGCCAGACUUGGCCCCUCCUCCAGCCCCACUGCCAGACUUGGCCCCUCCUCCAGCCCCACUGCCAGACUUGGCCCCUCCUCCAGCCCCACUGCCAGACUUGGCUCCUCCUCCAGCUCCACUGCCAGACUUGGCUCCUCCUCCAGCCCCACUGCCAGACCUGGCUCCUCUUCCAGCCACACUGCCAGACCUGGCUCCUCCUCCAGCCCCACUGCCAGACCUGGCUCCUCCUCCAGCCCCACUGCCAGACCUGGCUCCUCCUCCAGCCCCACUGCCAGACCUGGCUCCACCUCCAGCCCCACUGCCAGACCUGGCUCCACCUCCAGCCCCACUGCCAGGCUUGGCUCCACCUCCAGCCCCACUGCCAGACCUGGCUCCACCUCCAGCCUCACUGCCAGACCUGGCUCCACCUCCAGCCCCACUGCCAGACUUGGCUCCAUCUUUAUCCCCUUUGCUAGACUUGGCUCCUCCUCCAGCUCCCUUACCGGAUUUGGCUCCAGCUACCUUACCAGAUUUGGCUCCUCCAGCCUUGUUGCCAGAUCUGGCUCCUUCAGCCCCCUUGCCUGACAUGAACCCUCAUUUAUCCCCCUUACCUGAUGUGGCUCCUCUUCCAGUCCCUUUGCCUUACUUCGCUCCUCCUGCUCCGUUGCUUGACUUUGCUCCAACCCCGAUGCCUGACUUGGCCCCUCCUCCACCUAUGAUGCCUGACUUGGCCUCUCCUCCACCUCUGAUGCUUGACUUGGCCCCUCCUCCACCUCUGAUGCCCGACUUGGCCCCUCCUCCACCUCUGAUGCCCGACUUAGCGCCUCCCCCAGCACCACCAGUCCCGAUUAACCAUUUGACUUCACUAGCCAAAAUGCCUGGUUUGCCCAUUUCUCCAGCUCCAGUACCACACUUAGCUUCUGCAGCCCAGAUGCCUGACUUGGCUCCUGCACCAACUCCAUCUCUGAUCUCUGACUUGUCUCUUUCUUCAGGCCAGAUGCCUGACUUGGCUCCUGAAGUGACUCCAGCACCAUUACCUGACUUGGCCCCCUCACAUUUGUUGGCUCAACCAUUUUUUCUGCCUCUGAAUGAAUCGGUUGAUGAUAAUCAAAAUGCUUAUUUGAGUGAAGAUACUACUAAAUGUGCUAACAAAGCUGUUGACAGUAAUCAGUUUGUAUUUUCUGAUAAAUUGGUUAAACCUGGCCUCUCCAUUGCAGCUAAAUAUCCUGAAAUAAAUGAGAAAUUGCUGCAGGAUCAGCCUUCUGAACACUGUGAAGCUGUGCCUGUUGCAGCAGAGACUAGUGCUGGUUGUGACUUACUUAAGGAAUCCUAUGACAAAUCCAUUCAUCCUCUGCCUGACAUAGCUCUAGUUCUUCCUAAUAACACCAAGCCAACUGUACUUUCUACUAGUCCUUACAAGCCUGUGUCAACUGAAUUGUCGGCCAGCACUAAUGACUACCCUCUUGUGCAGCUCAGUGACAAACCCAGUUUGUUAUUGCUUCACAAAUCCUUUGAUGAACCUUGCCACCCACAAAGGAAGGAGUGUCCUGCAUCCAUUGCAGACUGUCUAAGGGGAAGCUCAAGUGGCAGUUUGGAGUACUCUCUGCAACGCAAACAUGAAGAACACUCCAGUCACAUCCAGUUAAAUGAGUAUGGUCGAUUAACCCCUUUAAAUGAACCUUGUGUGAGCCUUCAGCAUUCCCAAAUUAUUGAGCCAUGUGAAAGUUCUAGUCCGAUACUCUCAGAAGGGGCAAGUCAUUCCAGCUCCCUUCCAGAAGAUUCUUGUUUUGUCCCUAACCAGCCCUUACAGGAUGGCAAUAUCGUUUUCAGUGAACGACCAUUACAGCAUCAGUCAUGUAUCUCACUUUUCCCUCCUGAGAAAGACAAGCCAUGUUUGAGUCCUGACCAGCACCUGGAGAUCAGUGUAAGGCCCCACUUUCUUCAGCAGUCAAAUACAACUCCUAAUCGGCUUCAAUUGCCUGCAACGGCCAUGAUUCAAGCAACAUAUCAUGAACAGUCUUUACUACAUAGAGUUGAGAAUUCUGACCAGCUGGAAGAUGCCAAACUUUAUGAAAGUUCUGAUAAACCCUCUGCGAGCCCUAGCCUGUACAGUGAUAAUGCAAAUGAGGAGCUGAAGGUUGCUGACCCUCUAGGGAGACAUGUCCGGCAUACAUCUGAGGAACAAAGUACUACGCAGCCUCUGCCAGAUGAACUGUUUAUAAAGAAUGAUGACCCUCUUUCAGACAAAUGCUAUGUUUGCCCCAGUGUUCCUUCAAUAGGUGAUGGCAGUAUUAAUAUGGAGAACUUUGAUCUGGAUAUAAAACCUGAGAAUCCUGAUCAGCCCCUGCAAAACAAAUAUUGUGAUCGCUCCAAGAGGCAACUGAUUGAACUUGCAAACAGUGUCCCGUCCCUUCAGACAUCAUACAUAAACACUGACCAAUUUGCAACAGUUGAACAGUAUGGGUUUUCUGAUAAGCGGCAGCCCAAUGAAGACAUUGUGAACACUGAUCCUGUGAUAGAUAAAUCCAUCUUGAGCCUACAAGAACCUGUUCCUCCUCAACCUUGUGAGAUCCUCAAAGAUGCACUGUCACCUAAGCUCAGUGCAAUAUCUGACCAGCACCUAAAUCUUGGUCCUUCUGAGACCUGUAUGACCUCUAAACAGCAUUUUGACCUUUGCAAGAGUCCCAAUCAACUCCAGACACAUGAGCCAUGUAUAGUUAUUGAUCACUCCUUUGUUAGAGCUGAACAGCCUAUGCUUUCUGACGAUGCCUGGAAAAAUCCUGAACAGUGCCCACCUAUUGAACCUUGCCUUCCAGCUGCAGACUGGGAAAGACCUCUCCCAGCCUUGUGCUCUGAAACCUGGCCAACUGCUAAAUAUAUCCAGCUUAGUAAGCCCACUGUGCAUGAUGAGCCCGGAGAUGGCUUUAGCCAGGCCCUACCACAAGCUAGUCAAGUCCAAUCCAUGCUUGUCCAAGCCUGCGCCAGUCCCUUACCUCCCAUUUCUGAUAAACCUAGUGCCACCACUGUGCAGCCACUGUCUGAGAAAUCCAAUUCCAGCCUAUGCCAAAAUGUUUCUGAUGAUCGUUGCACAAACUUACACCAGUCUGUAGCUGCAGAACUGUCCGACAGUGAACCAUCCCAUGAUCUUGUACAGCCCUAUGGAAAGUCUGAUCAGGUGAUUUUACCCUCUACCGGUGUGAUCCCCAGGGUGCAGAAGCCUUUGAUAAAUCAUGAACACAUUUUGUCAGAGGGAGCUCAUCUUCAGCUGGCUUCUGUUGAACUCCUACCUUCCAUUCCUAUCUCUGAUCAGUCUCAAUAUCUGAAGCCUGAUGCUAGCCCUAUUCAGAGUGAUCCAUGCUCCAGUCCUGACAUUACUCCAGAGUACUCUCUUUCAGCAACUGAAACACUGUUGCGAAGACCCUGUGCCAGUUCCCCCAGCAUGUUUCAGGAAGAGCACAGUGAGAGUUCUGAUCACCUAACUGAAAAUGAGCAGUAUACAAGCCCACAGUAUACCUUAGUGGAUAAAAACUAUGGAAGCCCUCUCACCCCAGAGUCUGUUCAAAUAUCUGAAACCCCUCUUAUGGGGAAUGAGCUUUCUUUGAGUUCUUCCCAACCUCAGCAGGUUGACCAGUCUGUGAACCCCAAUCUGACUGAUUAUUCCAAUGAGACCCCUCUGCUGGUUAAAAUAAUUCCUAAACCGUGUCAGUCCGUGAAACCUGAAGCCUCCGAAAGCCAAGAGGCUUCAACCCCUAUACUAACUGUAUCUAAAAAUUCUGUUUUGUGCAUUGAUGCUAAUAUGCAUUUGGAACCCCAAACAAUUUCAGUGGAUCCAAUAUCGAGCUUGCCCUUUGAUACCACCUUUCCUCUUGUGGAAAAAUCUGUCACGGACAAAAUGGAAUAUAUUAAAUCCUUUGAGAAAAAAGACAAUACAAAACAGCAUGCAACGGAGGAGUUAAUAUUGCAUUCAAAGGCCAUGCCCUCUGUAGAACAGUAUACAGAUAGAGGAGAGCCCGUAACGACGCUAGGCAAGUCUGAGGAAAGUUUUCAUGUUGAGAAUUGUUUCAGAAUUACUCCACCAGAUUUGUUUCCUUAUGACUCUGAGCAGCCAGCUGUUCCACAUGACCCCUCUGCAUUAGAGCAGACUGCUUGCAAUUGUCAGCCACCACCGGAACUGCUGCCAUAUGAUUCUGAGCAACCUGCAAACUCCUACCUGGGUUCAUCUGAGACUCAGUCUGAACAGGCUUCUCUCGUCUUUCACGCACCACCUGAGCUGCUGCCUUAUGAUUCUGACCAGCCUACUGUACUGCAUACAAACAGCAAUGAAAUACCUUCCAUUAAUCUACCUGCAAGCCUUUCUCAGGCUGAGCUCACUUCCCAAAAAAGUUCUGUUCCUGAUUCUCUUCAUUUACAUGAAUCCGUUCCUGUGAAUUUUCAGUCAGAGGAGGAACAGCAAAGUACUCAAGAACUACAAACAACCCAAGUUUUACUUGAAUCUGGAAGCAUUGCUAAUUUGUCUGAAUCUCCUAUGGACAUCGCUCAUGAGCAGUUGGAAUGUGUAAAUGCUGCCAGCUAUCAGUCUGAUGUUUCAUAUACUCCCAUCUAUAUGACAUUACACUCUAAAGAAUGUAAUUUAACCACUCAAAUAUCCUCUGAGAACAUAAAAUCCAUAAAUGAAUCUUCUGAAAAGCAUUUUUCUUCAGAGUUACCCAUUGUUUCACCAGAGUUCACCAAUGAAGAACAUAUUGAUUUUAAUCAGAUGCAGUCUAAUUAUGUGAAGCCAGUUGAAACAUCAGAAUCUGUUGGAGAGGAUGCUUGUAUAACUGAAUUACCCACUGAGCUUCCUAUAGCUGGGAAGCCACAUGUGACAGAAUUAGCUUCUAAACUAUCUGCAGCUUCUAAAGCUCUUGAGCAUCGUCUUUCCUUAUCAGAAUUUGCUACAAAUGCUGAACUAUCUGCCUCUUUAACAGGCCAGCAACCUUUAUUAACUGAGCUAUCAUUAUCUACAGAGAGUCAAGUAAGUGAAAUUUCCAUGGCUGGUGAAUCAGUCACAACUUUUGAACAAAGUAACAUUCCUGCCUUAAAAGAGUCUUCAGUUCUUCUGCCAGAUGCAACUUGCAAACGGCCACGUUCUAAGUCUAUAAACAGGACAAAUUCACGGUCUCAAUCUAUAUCUAGGUUGAGGGAUUCACGAUCUAAAUCUGUCACAAGGAUGAAGCAUUCACGGUCAAAGUCCAGAACCAGAAAAAGAUCGAGAUCCAAAUCAGCCACAUCAGGGAAAAGGUCUCGUUCUAAGUCAGUUGCAAAAAGGCAAAGGUCACACUCAAAGUCAGCCUUACAAAGCAAAAGGUCACGCUCAAAGUCUGCAACAAGAAGAUCACGUUCAAAGUCAUAUAUGCAGAGGAGGCAUUCACGGUCAAAAUCUACUACACGCAAGAAGCGGUCACGAUCUAAAUCCAAUACCGGCAAAAGACGCUCUCUCUCGAGAUCUGCUGGACGCAAAAGGCGCUCCCGUUCAAGGUCUGUUGGUCGUAAAAGACGUUCUCGCUCAAAGUCUCCAGUACGCAAAAGGCGUUCUCGGUCUCAAUCUACUGCACGCAAAAGGCGAUCAAGGUCAAAGUCAGCUGGGCGCAAAAAACGUUCACGCUCCAAGUCUAAUGGCCGGAAGAGACGUUCACGCUCCACUUCUGCAGCUCGGAGAAGGCGCUCACGAUCUGUAACAAUGGCUCACCGCAGGCGUUCCAGCUCAGCAUCUGCAGCCCAUAGGCGAAGGUCCCGCUCAACAUCUGUAGUUCGAAGGAGGCGAUCUCGCUCAUCUUCAGUUGCCAGGAGGAGGCGCUCCCGCUCAGUGUCAGCUGGUCCCAAAAGGACUUCCCGCUCCUUGUCUGUUUCUAAGAGAAGACGAUCCUGGUCCAAAUCUGUGUUGAGAAGGAGACGCUCCCGCUCACCAUCUGGGUCUAGAAGAAGGCGGUCCCGCUCAGCAUCUGUGGGAAGAAGAAGGAGGUCUCGCUCAACAUCUGUAACUCGCAAAGGUCGCUCACGCUCAGUAUCUGUUGCCCACAGAAGGCGCUCACGCUCAACAUCUGAAGCCUGCAAAAAGCGUUCACGUUCUGUGUCUGCAACAAGAAAGAGGCGUUCUGCUUCUAUAUCAUUGACUCCAAAAUCGCCAACUUACAAGUCAUCUGCCGUGUCAAGAUCAGAUCGAUCUCGAAGUCAUUCACAGAGUAAUAUUCUUCGUAAACGGAAAACACGGUCAAGAUCUUCUUCAAGAGACAAAAAUAAACUGAGUGAAAAAAGACGAAGAAGAUCAAACUCUAAAGACCACUAUAAUAUCAAAUCUAGGCGCAGAAGUCGAACACCUCCAAGGCGGAAAAAAUCAAGAUCUCCUAUAAAAAGAAUGUCACCUGUUAGGAGAAGGCGAUCAAGGUCCACCAUAAGGAGAAAAAGCUUCAGCAGGUCUCCUGUUCGCCGGAAACGAUCAAGAUCUCGGGACAAAUCUCUGGACUCCAGCAGGUCACCUAAACGCCUCACUGACCUUGAUAAAGCUCAGCUUCUUGAAAUCGCUAAAGCGAAUGCUGCCGCUAUGUGCGCUAAGGCAGGUAUGCCACUACCAUCAAGCUUAAAGCCUGUAAUCACACCUGCCACUCCUUCGGAAGAUAAAAAUACCGUUCGCGCUUACGGCAAUACCAUUCAAGAACUUACUGAGAAAUGUAAGCAAAUUGCCCAGAGCAAAGAAGAUGAUGUGAUUGUAAAUAAGCCUCACGAUUCUGAUGAAGAGGAGGAAGAAAGGCCUUUUUAUAAUCACCCCUUUAAAGUCAGUGACCAUAAACCUAUUUCAUUUAGCUUAUUGAAUCCAUCUGUAAAGCCAACCCCAAAAAAUCAGGUAACUUUGACUAAAGAGUUCCCAGUCUCAUCGGGGUCUCAGAACACAAAAAAAGAAUCAGAGAAAGUAUACGGCGAAUGGGUCCCUGUGGAUAAAAAGAGCGAGGAAAGCAAAGACGACGUGUUCACUAACACCGCUCCUUCACAGUUCUAGAAUUGUUUGAGGAAGGUGGAUUAUCCACCGUUGGAUACCUGUUGCCAAACCAACGUUCUGAUGGGCUGAGACCCUCCUUCUUUUAAUGGCCUCGCAUGGACCUAAUGCUUCCAGUUCCUGAGUUCUGAUUGGUUGCAAAGCGGUCAUUAAAGAACGCUAAGGACUGAUUCCUUACAACUACAGGACAAAGCAAAGAAAACCAGCCCCGCCAGACAUGCAGAAACCACGUGCAGUUCAACAUAACAACGGACAGAAACAUUUAUUUUUCCUUUUUCGUGUGCAAAGUUGUGAACCUGCCCAGCAUGAACACGAGCUCUGUUCAUUAACUCGUUAAAGGUGCCCAAUAUCGAAAAUGAUUUAAAAAGAAAAAAAAAGGCCAUAACAGACUUUUCAGCGUGAUAUUUCACGCGAAACUUUUCUAUCUUUUUAGAUUAUCAACCUUUAAUGAACGGACUUUGAGCUUAUCUGUUUUUGGUGAAUGCCGGCACCUCACGUUUGUAUACACCCACCUCUCUUAUUUGGUUAAAGUGGGUGCCGCAGUGCGUAUUUCACGUCCCUCCGUGCAUGAACCUCUGCAAUAACAAAAUGUGUUUUUUUUUCUACCCAUGCUUCUUACAACUUGCACUAAACUAGUCCCUGUUAUUUUUACUUGUAGCUCAGCACUAAGGCUCUGGGAUUUCCUAAUACUCUUGAAAUGAGUUUUCUUUGAGGAACAUCUCCCUAGAACUUCACCCAGACCUGUUAAACACCAGUAGCAUAAUUACUCUGAAAUCUAUUUGUAUAGUAGGUAAUAAUACUUGCUGUGUUUUUUGUUUCUAUAAAAAUAUAUUAAGGCGUAUAUAGAAAGUGCUGUUCACUCACAACUUACCAUAUAUAUAAAGGACAUUUUUAAGGAGGAGCCUCACCAUAUUUAGAGGACAUUUUUAAGGAGGAGCCUCAAUACUAAGAGCAGAUUCCAUAUUGGAUGAUAAAUGAUUAUCCAUUAUUUAGAACCACUAUAAUGCCCUAUGAUAUUUAACUUUUCAUGGUCUGGCUGCCAUAAUGGAACAGUGUGAUUUAAAAAUCCAUUUUUCAAGUGGGUGUUUUACCUUUUGUGCUUCUUAUCAGAUGACAGUAAAUGCUGAAUUUAUGGUUAAUGCACAUCUUUUCUGAAAUAAAUGCAUCAAAUGGGCUGGUUUUUGUCGACACUCGUGACCGUUACACCAUAUAUUUUCCAAUUUCCUCACGUUAUCUGGGGGUUCAAUAGCAACAACCUUUGGAGCUCGGCACCGAUGUCUCUGAAAAUAAACCCGCAAAAAGGAUUGUAACCAGUUGGUCCCAACCAGUGAAGAAUGUAAUCUCCUACGUGGAGUUCAAUGAUAAAAACAUUUUCAGCUCCUUGGCUGGGGAUAUGCUUAAGCACCAUCUGAAUCUACUUUUCAACCUGAAUAUCUAGUGGAUCCAUUUCUGAGGAAUUGCAAUAACUUCUGGAACCCUUACAAUAAGGAGGAACACUUUUUAAUCACAAAGAAGCUGGAGAAGGGCAACCCUUACUCUCAGACGACUUAAGCAACCAGAUAAAAAUUUCGGAGAAAUUAAAACCGCCUGGGAUGUGACGACGGCAGUGAGAAAAAACGUCACUUUCUUCAAAUUGUAUUUCUGUUUAUUGCAAUCCCAAGUGUGUUUUCUUUCAGCUUUGCCUAUGUCCGGAGCUUACGCAGCGUUAUAACAAAUGUGAGAAAAUAAUAGUUGUAUCCUCCAUGAUUUAGCUUUGAGUGAAAAGCUCAUUUUGGUACUCGACUUCCGUAGUGACAUGGUAAAGACCAGCCUGGCUCUGUAUAAAGUGUUUUUUUUUUUUUUUUUAUUCAAUACUCUUCCAGUUUAACUUUGUUUUUCUUCAAUAAAUCGUAUUUGUCCAACGUUCUGGAGGCUUAGAAAACACAAAGGGUUACAAAGUUCAGUUCAGUUCAGACCAAUGUUGUGUUGAGGAUACAAUGCGUGGUCCAGACUUAAUCUGCAGGCACCAAUUUUCUGCCGUCAUCAAUAUAUCCCUAAAUUUGCAAAAUGUUGUCACUGUAUCGUUCAUUUUACAGUAGUGGGCAUUAACCACAACCAACUAAAGCGAAAUGUUUGCUCGUGAGUAAAGAAGGCAUUUGUAAAUACAUGAAAUAGCCGUUUGCCUUUUCAGCCGAAGGUACAAAACUAUAAUCUACCGUUUCCACGGGUUUGGCUUUGUGUAAUUGUAAUCGAAUCGGUUUCAACGUGGACUUUUAUGUUGGUCCCGAUUUAAAGGUUCAGCAGUGUAAGAAGGUGAAAGAGUUUGACAUUUUGUAAGGUCGGUGGUUGUUUUUGAUUUUUUUAAAUAAAUAUCUAUAGACACAAAUCCAUACAACCAUGCUUGGAGUCUUGGUACAAAGGUAAUUUAGAAUUGUGAUAACCCUGUUUGUUUUGGAAGGGGCUUAGUAGUGCGUUGCUUCAGCACCACCGGGAGACUUCAUCCGUCAGAGCUCUCUCCUGCUGUGUAAGCGUGAUUGCUUGAAUUUCUUUCUCUCCGCUAAGGGGUCACUCAUAGAAAAUGUCAUCGAAGAACGUCUGUACAAUCUGCAGGUUUGAUGCAACAAGAAAAAAAAAAAAAUUCUCAUUCGUAGGCAACGGAAUUUGUGUAAUCCCUCCACUACCGGUGCACUCCGGCAGCGUAGCAGCUAAAACUGCUUGUACAUAUGUUUCUAUUGUAAAUUGGCUCAAUAUAAAUUCAGAUACAGCUGUACAUACAGAUGAUGUUAAAAAUGUGUGAAAAUAGUUGCAUAAUGGGCUGAUUAUUUGUGCGCUUUUAUUUGAAGUUAAAAAAAAAAUCCCAUUUUUAUUGGGAUAUGAUUUGUUUGUGAAAAAACAAAAAAAAACCCCAUGUGAGUAACCUUUCAUUUGUUUUUGUCUGCUUACAUCCAGUUUCUGUACAUCCAGAAAAUAAAACCUCCUUUGUGCGGUGAAUCCUUCUGUCCAUCCAUUUUGUCUGUCAUGUUAGAAAAAAAAAAAAAAAAAAGUUGCUCAUGAAACUGAUACACAAGUCCCUCUUGCUGUUUAUGUUGACAUUGUGUUCGUAAUCCAUCCAAGCGAUUCCUCAUUGGCGCAAAAAGAAAAACGUAUGUAAAUAAUAAGUCAACGCUUCAUUUAACAGGAUAUAAUAACCUCCCCCCCAUCAGCUGAAAGUAGAGAACUUUGUUCAAAUUCGGCAAAUUGCCUUUUAUAUCGUUUUCAUAAAUACCAUAAUCUGCUGUGAUUUCGUUUAUUUUUUAUUCUAAUUCCUGCGGCUGUACUUGAGCAGUCUGCAGAUUGUUUCCAGAUUUUACCUUCCUGAAAGAGUCAACAUAAACGGAAAAUACCCAUGUUAUCUUCUCAUGAGAACUGUUUCCGACGAACAACAUUCAUGUCAGAUACCAAAUAACUUGCUCUUGUAAAUGUUUGUUGAUUUUUUUUUUUUUCCUGAAUGUCUUUUUUUGAAUAUGAAUAAAGAGAGAGUCCAAUCACACUUGA